AUGUGCACUUCAGGGUCUAGCCCUCUGUUAGCCCCGGACUUCUACGAACCCGGUCGCAACAUUCGAGAUUGGCUGUGAUUCAGACCUUCUCCUGACCGAUGUCCCACCCCACCAGCAUACGUGCUUCUUACACCAUUUUCUUUCCCUAUCCGCCAGGCGACGCGCACUUGAUGCCGGCCUUUCACCAGCCACUCCCUUCCCCAUCGCCUGCCGUUGCGUUAUACAACUGUUCGAUACCCCCGACGCGCCAGGCAUCGCGGCAGAGCGAUUUGCCACGUUACACCAGGACCCCCGGCAAUCUGUUGACGACUUUGCGACGGAACUCACCCGACUUGCCUCCGCGGCUUUCCCCAAUUUACCACACCCCGAUCGGGACGACCUUAUCCUCCACCGUUUCAUUUCAGGCCUCCUUGACCGCACGAUCACAGAUUCCUUCCUUCUCCACCCCCCGCGUACCCUUAACGACGCUCUGCGGCAGUGUCGCCUAUACCUCACAUACCACCGAGCCCACCAACCCCCUCCGAGACCCCCAGCCCGUCCGGCACCCCAGGCCCAGAUAGACGGAACCCUCUGCCGGUCCGCUUCCCCGAUCAUAACCCUGGCUGCCAGUACUGCGCAGCUUUUCGACCCCGAGCUCGCCACUGUGGCCACAACCCACCGUGUAAGUCCGCCCCCAUUGAUGCUAUUUACUUUCAAGACUUUUUUCUAUCCCCGCUUUUACUGUGCCGGUACUUGUGGAUAGUCAUCCCACCCGGGCGUUAGUAGACACGGGCGUUAAUGUGUCGCUUGUCACCAUCCACAAGCUUCCCAAUCACCUACUACGUCACGUAGACCUACUUCCGGCGACUCGCUCUCUCCGCACCGCCAACGGCACGGCGAUAGCCGUUUCGGCCACUGUUUCGCUGCAACUUAUGAUUGAGAACACGCGUGUUUCCCAUAGGUUCUUAGUUACCCCCGAUGGUCCCUGGCCUCUCGUUCUCGGGCUUGACUUCUUAGAGGCUCACGAUUGUGUAGUCCAUGUCCACGAACGGCACCUCGCACGCGACCGAAACACUACCACGUCUGCCCCCCCCCCAACCACAAUAGACGACUUCGACCUCAUGUAUAACUCAGUACUUUCUGCCGUAGCGUUAGAUCCCAUUCCAUUAGAUACCGUCCUUCCCUCCGCCUCAGUAGUCGGUCCGGUCGCGCACGACCAGCUUAAGACCCUCCUCAACUCAUUCCCAGACCUUUUUGCAUGGUCCACCGACACCAUCGGACGUACACACCUGAUUCAGCACACGAUCGACACAGGAGACGCCAAACCCGUGUGGCAACCUCCGCGUCGCAUCCCCAGGCGCUACCGCGAAGAGGUCAACAAGCUGUUAGAUGAACUGCUGCAGGCUAAAAUCAUCCAGCCUUCGUCGUCCCCAUGAGCUUCUCCCAUCGCCCUUGUGCCCAAGAAGAACGGAUCCGCCCGGCUGUGUACAAAUUACCGUCGCCUUAAAGCCGUGACAGUCCGCGAUUCCUUUCCACUCCCGCGUCUAGACGACACCCUGGACGCCCUAGGAAAUGCGGCAUGGUUCUCAUCACUGGACCUUAAAUCCGUUUAUUGGCAGGUAGGGAUACACCCAGACGACCGCCAUAAAACCGCCUUCACGGUACCACAAGGUUUGUAUAAGUUCCAAGCCCUCCCGUUUGGCCUGUGAAACGCCACCGCCACUUUCCAGCGCCUUAUGUACCGCGUCCUGCAACCCCUCAUUCCGGACAAGUGUCUCAUCUACCUCGAUGACAUUAUAGUGUUUGGGAGGUCUAUCGACGAACACAACCAUGACUUGCGCGCGGUGUUGGAAGCUCUUCGGUCUGCGGGUCUGACCCUUAACUCCACUAAGUGCCUUUUUUACGUCGCGAGGUAAAUUUCUUGGGUCAUUUAAUCUUCCCGGGGCGUAUCUCACCCCUCCCUGACCGCAUCGAGUGUAUCUGCACGUGACCAACCCCCUCCAACCAGAUGGGGUUGCGCAGUUUCUUUGGGUUAGCGUCAUACUAUCGCCGUUUUAUCCGCGAUUUCGCCCAUAUCUCCAACCCCUUACACAAACUUAGGGAGAAAAACAGACCGUUUGUCUGGUCAGACGACUGUGCCUGCGCUUUCACCGAUCUGUGUGCCGCCUUGUGCUUGGCUCCCCUACUUUCCCUCCCAAACAUCGAUAAGGACGCACCCCCAUUUAUCUUAGACAUUGAUGCCAAUGGCUACGCCAUCGGAGCCGUACUCUCCCAAGCCGAUGCGAACGGUGUGGAACACCCGAUCUGCUUCGCAAGCAACACUCUCACCAAACCGCAGAGGAACUACUGUACCUUCCGCCGCGAGCUCCCGGCGAUUGUUGAGUCCCUACGCCAGUCCAAGCACUUGUUGAUCGGACAACGUUUCAUCCUCCGCACAGACCACAGAGCACUGCAGUGGCUGCGGUCCUUCAAGGACCCUAUGGACCAGCUGGCACGCUGGAGGAGUCCCUAUGGUACUUCGACUUUGAAUGCCUGUACCGACCAGGCCACAAGCAAGGCAAUGCAGACGCCCUUUCUCGCCUACCCCAUUUAA